GAGUUGUUCGUACUAUGAUACUAUCGAACAAUAGACGUGCUUUAUUUUGCGUAUGUCUUAGGCAAAGGGGAAAAAAAAAGGAUAGGUAUUUAUAGGUGACGAUGUUAGUAGAAUAUAAGGUCAGUUUGAGCUGUUUCCGUAUAGUGUGUCGAGGAGUUUCAGUUUAAAUCACCACGCCGACAGUAUAAGGAAUUCGAUCUAACAGUACAACUGAAUGGCGAUAAAAAUUAGCUUUUCGUUAAUGAAAUAUUUUACAUCUGUUUCCACCGACUCAACUAAGCUGCCGUCAUGACCUGCGCUGAUCUCUCUUUCAGUUUCUACCCUGUCACUGAGUAGCCAUAGCAGGUCAUCGGAUUUUAUUGAUAUUAAUUGUAAUAAAAGGUUUAUAAAUAACUUCAGGUUCAAGUUUCACGUUUCAUGUUACGUGAGACAUUUGUUGUUUAAUUUUGGCAGGGUGGGGGUGGGGUAAUAAAGUAGAACACUUCUGAUAUCUAUUUGCAUAUGGGUUUUGUCACUUCUCUUUGAUCAAACCUAUCUUUUUAAUGAAUUAAUGUAUGGAGAUGGAACGAAUGAGGGAAAGAGAGAUGGUGAACUCUUCAAUUACCCGAAGGAAGACAACGGGAAACCACCUUCGUACACUCCCUUGUACAACCAUGGAAUUAAACAUGGUCGCCAACGUCAGGCUCUGAUACGGCACUAAAAAAAAAAAAAAAAAAAAAAAAAAAAAUGUAUGGAGAACAUUUUAAGCAUAUCCCUACUUACAUACUUACAUAAUUACUACUUAUAUAUAUUAUACUUUAGUUCAUAUCCCUAUAUCUGUGAACCAUGGGUGACAUUUUCAUAACACCUAAAUCAAAUACUGAAAGAUAUUACCGUGACAAUCAUCACCAGUGAAAAUGUAAGGGAUAUAAUAUCGAAAGAUUUGUGCGUGAAAAUUAAAAGUUACUGAUGUGUGCUUGUGUGUGUGUGUGUGUGUGUGUGUGUGUGUGUAUGUGUGUGUGUGUGUAUGUGUGUGUGUGUGUGUGUUUGUGUGUGUGUGUGUGUUUGUGUGCGUGCGUGUGUGUGUGUGUGUACUGUGUGUUUGCGUACGUGUGUUUGCGUGCGUGUGUGUAUUUGUGUGUGUGUGUUUGCGUGCGUGUGUGUAUGUGUGUGUGUACUGUGUGUUUGCGUGCGUGUGUGUAUGUGUGUGUUUGUGUGCGUGUGUCUGUGUGCGUGUGCAUUUGCGUGUGUGCAUCAAAAUAUCGCAUCUCCGCACUGUGUUUAUCUCCCCCCUACAGGCUUUACUCCGUUACACUUGGCUGCCAUAGAAGGCCACGACGGAGCGGCGGCGGAGCUCAUGGCCAGGGGCGGCGAGGCGAACGCAAAGGGGGGGCAGGGUUGGACGCCGCUGCACUGGGCGUCUCGGAAGGGACACGAGAGGGUGAUCGACGUCCUGCUUGGCAAGGGAGCCGACGGGGGCGCGAAGACGGACGGAAAUGAUACAGCAGGGCACAUAGCAGCUUCGGAGGGCCAUCUCCACGUCCUGUACACGCUGGUGAAGCUUGGCGUCGCUACCAACGCGAGGAACGGCCGAGGAAAGACGCCCAAGGAAAUGCUGAAAGGAACUUCCACGACUGCAGAUUACGACAUGGAAGUCUUCGAAGGCAUCUCACUGAUAGAGAUAAUGGAGAAGUACCUCGCAGCUGAAAGGGGAAAGGUCGGCCUACAGAGAGACAGGAGAGAGCUUCAGAAUGAACACAAAAAGGAGCUGAAGAGGAUGAAGGAAGAUCAGAGAAGAAGAGACGCUGACUCUCGGGGAAUGAAGAAGGAAAUCGCUGCUUUGAAAGAGAAGAUCAAGGCGAUGGAGGAGGAACACAGAACAGAACUGCAGAACGUCACAGAAAAGGAACAAGAAAAAGAAGCGACGAUGAAGAAUGAAAUAAUCCGUUUAAAGGAAACGAUUGCAAGUAGAGACGAAAAAAUCAAGUCGCUCGAGGAGAAGCGGCAGGAGGAGGGCCGGGGAGAGACGGAGGACCGACGAGACAGCGAGAUCGAGGCAUCCGGCGAAGUCAAAGCACAGAAGACGACGGUUUCCGUUCUGCAAGAUACGAUAAGGUUAUUACAGGAACAAAAUACGAGGGAACUGCUGAGUCUCCGAAUCGGGCAGCACCUGAAGGAAACCGAGGCAGCGAACCAACUCAAGGCUCGAAACAGGAGAGUCAAGACGCUGAAGCGGCAACUAAAAGAGCAAGAGGCUGAAUGUGGACGACUGAGCUCGGUGUUGGAAGCGAAAGAAAUCCAAAUAAACCAAUUGGAAGAGUCUCUUCAAGCACGGCCGCCGGAUACUUCGCAGCGCCCGGAUUCGCCUGUGCCUGUGUCACCCGACGGCCUCGCAUGCAGGGAGAAAUUCCCACGGGGAGCGAGGAGGAAAAAGUCUCGGCGAGCAGCAGACACCGAAAGAUCUUCGCAAGCAGAAGGCAGGGGGAGGAACAGAGCUUCUCGGCUAGAAGACAGAAGGCAGAACGAAGAUCCCCAGCCAUCCAACCAGACCAGGACUCCGCAAGCAGGAACCGGGAGGAGAGGAAAUCGUCGGCCAUGCGAAAGGUCCGAGUCUCCCCAAGCACGAAGCGAAGACGAGACCCCAAACGAAGGAAGCGAAUACGAGUUUUACCAGUCUUCUCAAGCAGAGACUGAAGACGAAUCUCCAGGGGAAUAUAGCAGGAAUUAAUAUCCACGUGCGGCGAGCGAGUUCCACCUCCUGCAUUUGGGCGAAUGGACGGAGAGAGAGAAAACAGAAGCUGAGGGGGAACGGGUUAAGAGCAAAGAAAAAUAAUGAAGUUCAUGUAGGUGUCCAAUACAUUCUAAUUAUACCGUUUAAUGCUACUCUUUUUAUCAAGAACAUUAUGCGAUACGAUGUACAAAAGACAAACGCCUUCGCAAUAGACUUAACAAAACGUGUCUAUAUUUACCUGGCAGGUGCAGAUUAAAAGUAAUAAUGAUAAUAGAGGAUUAUUAGCAUAUUUGUUGCUCUUGUUAGCAUUAUCAUUAUCAAAUAUCAAUAUCAUUAUUAUUAUCAUUAUCAUGAUCCUCACCAUCAUUAUGAUAAUUAGUAUUUACUUUUCUCUGGAUAGUUAAUUACCGAAUAUGUCUUUUUAUACUGAACACAUCUAAUGGAUGAUUAAUCGCAUGAAACACACAAAAAAAAAACAGUUGUAGUGUUUUCUCUGCGACUCUAAACAAAUGUGUCUAAAUAUAUUGUCAACGUGUUUCUA